AUGUUGCACGACGUGCAACGCAUUUUGGGGAUUGGCAUUGACGGUUCACUUCCCGGUGAACCGUCUGAUCAUGAGUGGCAGUUAGGCCUGACCGGCCUUUUUGCAGAGCCAUUGUCGGAGCUGCAUGCGAAGGGGCACUUCACCAGCGGUAGCAUUAACGUUGGUGCACUGUUGCAGCUAUGCCACCGCUCUCAGUCUAGAGAUACUCAAUCUACUGCGUACUUAAUGGCUUUAGUGGGUUGUACGCUGUUUGUGGAUAAGAUAAGAGUCGGGAUGCGUCCUCAUCCUAUUCUUGUUGUCGCCGCUGACCAGGCUGGCAUUGCUUGGGGGACAUUGACGCUUACACACUUGUAUCGCCAAUUGGGUAUGGCGACAAGGACUGGUUGCAAGACUAUUGCUGGCUGUCUGACCUUGUUGCAGACCUGGAUUUACGAGUACUUCCCAGCCUUCCGCCCCCAUCCGCGUGCAGCUGACAUGCCGAACAAGACCCGGGCAGAGAUGUGGUCCCCGCAUAAGCCAAUCCGUGAGCUUAGCAGAUUGAGAGACUGUAGGAGCAUACUGGACGCCCUGACAGAGACACAGGUUUUGUACAUGACCUCACAUAUAAGAUUAUAUCAAAAGAAAUAA